UUACUACAUGCAUGCAUUUACUCUGCUGUGAUUUUGUGUGCAAAAUAAGCUUCCUGCGCAUGUGUGUUUGUCGGUAUAUGUGAUUUAUAAGACCCAACCAGCUAUUUUCAUUGUGGGAGGGGACAGCCAAGUCUUAUGCACAGUAUCAGAAUCACCUUUAUUCCCACCUCCAACCUCUCCACAUACUUCUUCAAUAUAAACAAUAACCCUCUUUAUCCAAGAACAGCAAAUUCACACCCCCGUCUUAAAUCAUUACCGCCCCUCGCCAAGCCAAUUAUCCUCCGCCAACCAACACCCCCAAUCGCCACCCGUCUCACAUCAACAACACACCAGCCACAUACCUCCACCACGCAUCCACCGCCUCACAACCUGCAAUGCCACCACCCCGCACCACAGUCCCAGACUCAGACGCAGACUCCUCACCCACCUCAGCAUCUACCUCCCCAGAACCCCUAGCCCCGCCCUCAACAACCAUUGCACUGGGGACGUCGAGAAAGCGUUCCGCGUCCCCUGACCCCAGCUCUGCGGAUGGGGAUGAUGUAUCAAAGCAUGUCCCAAGAGCAGUGGAUGCAGUUCAAGGACCCUCAGUUGGCGCAGCAAAUACUGAUGAAGGGACUACAACGGCCCUGGAGCUGAUGAGCGAAGAAGCGAGGGCGGAGGAGAAGAGGGUGAAGCAGAUUGAGGCGAUCAAAGCGCGCAACAAGGAAUUAACCGCUGAAGUGGAAGCUAUGGAAGCAAAGCUUGCGGAUGCGAGGGGGAAAUUGAAGUACUCUCCCCUCCCCUCCCCUUCCACUCCACAGAUACCAGUGAUAUAUGAACCCUUGGUGGUUGAUAGUAGCUAACGGAAGAAGAAACCCUGAUGCUGCAGCAACGGUGAAGGCGCAUAUCAAGCGUUUGCAUGCGUAUAAUGAGAUUCGAGAUGUUGGGCAGGGGUUGAUUGGGUUGAUUGCUGAGCAGAGGGGGGUGAGGAUUG